UGUGUGUGUGUGUGUGUGUGCGCGAGGCAGUAACAGCUGCUCUCUUUGUCUCUCAGUAGAUGUUUCUCUGCUGACUGAAGCCAACUGAAGCAGACUGAAGCAGACUGAAGCUGAUCUCCUGGAUUUAAAGAUCUGGAUCUCUGUUUACUGCCGGGUUGAUUUCACAGCAACAGUUGGGCCCGCUGUUGGACUGCCGCGAUGUUGACGGUGCUCCUGCUGCCGUUGCUCUUCUCCUCCUCUCCUCUCGUCUCCUCGUCUCCUGUGGCCAAGGAUCAGUCGGUGUGUGCAAGGACUUUCUGUGGUGCAGGACGGGAGUGUGUAUCGACCAACAGAGGAGAACCAGUGUGUCGCUGUUUACAGCAGUGUGAAGAGAGGGAGAAAUGGGUGUGUGGCAGUAACGGCCGGUCGUACAGAAACCACUGCGAGCUGCACAGAGACGCCUGCAGCACACACACCAAGAUACAUGCAGAGCACCGAGGACACUGCCUGGAGUCGUCCCCAGAGACAGACGUCAGCCCCAUCGUGUGUUUCCUGUCCGACCGUGAUUGGCUGAGAGAGAGAGUGAUCCAGUGGAUUCAGCAGGAAGUUCAGUCUGACAACAGGACGUCAAAUGACACCUCGACCAAUCAGCUGCUGAGAACGUACUUCAAGAUGUAUGAUAAUGGGGAUUCAGAGCUGGACUCCAAAGAGUUCCUGAGUUUCCUGAAACACAACGAGACGGCGCUGAACAUCACGUACUCUAACACACUGGAGAGUAACAUGCUGCUGAGGUCUCUGUGUGUGGAUGCUCUGAUCGAGCUGUCGGAUGAGAACGCCGACUGGAAGCUGAGUUUAACAGAGUUCAUCAACUGCCUCACACCCUCUUACCAUUCAUACGAGAGAAAGUGUGCUCUGGAGGACGAAGUGUUCGAGGACGGAGCUGAAACUCGGAUGGACUGCAACAAGUGUGUGUGCGCCUGUGGAAACUGGGUCUGCACCGCUCUUACCUGCAAUGAGGAGCAUCAGGUGGAGGAGGACGUUAAAGGAGGAGCAGAUGAAGAAGAGCUGACGGAGGAGGAGUGGAGCCGGAGGGUGGAGGAACUCAACGCGUUACACCAACAACACUGAACCCCCGGGACUCGUAAUCCACUAUCAAAUAUUCUCCUCAAAUCAUUAAAAACUGCUUUUCUAAAUUAGUCGUCCCGCCCCUUAGCCCAUCACGUACAACGUGUUGGAGUGCUAGCCAAUAGGAGAGCAGGUGUUACAUAGUGAUGUCACUAUGACCAGGAAGUAAACAAAGGAGUCUAUUGGAUCAGCAUCUGAGCUCCAGGAUCAUCUCAUCACUACAUUUCUUUUAUUGCAUCAGAUAUUAAUUUACAUUCCUUUAAAGAACGAUUCCUUUUUUAUAAUUUAAUGUAUUUUUUAUUUACAUACUCAUAUUGUUUGUUGGGCAUGCGACUGCUUCUCAUUUAUAUGUUUAAUCAUGGCUGUUCUUAAGUUGUCUUAACGUUGAACUUGUUCAGUUUUAAGAGUAUUUAAAAUGUAGGUAUUAUAAACUAGCAAAGAAUAUUCCAAAAACUGACCGUUGAUUGAAUUUUGCCAACAUUUGUUUUUAAAGGCGGAUCAAACACAUCGAUGGAUGAUUGGUUUCAUUUGAUCAGAUAUUAUAUUUGAUCAGAAAUCAAUGAUCUUUCGAUUCAACUGUGCUUUAAUAAAAUGACAUUUAUAGCAAAGGGAAAUGGCAACAGAUAUUUGUAUGUAUUAUUUAUUGUUCAAACCAAUGAAUAUUAAUAAAUAAAAGUCAGAAAAAUUCUAUAAAUAAAUAAUAU